UACUCCUCUUACCGGUCUUGCAGUUUUUGGACUACCACCCAGAAUUAUAACCGCUGGUAGUUUAGAAUCACUAACUAGCAGAGUAUCCGUAAUUAAAAGUAAACAGGAUGUUAAAUCACAAGCUGAAAUUCUGGCCUCAAAAUCGCCAUCGAGUUUUGUUCCACUGACUACACCCGCAUCUCAACCAAAAAAUGCACUCAUUUCAACCACAGCAACUAAACCUUUAGCCAGCGCACAAUUCCCUAAUAAUAGUAGUGCAGUUUCUGAACCACUCCUGUACUCUACAGAACCUCCUUACUCCGCUGGGGUACAGAAGUUUGCUAGACCACAACAUACUGCAGAAGCUCAGUAUUAUGCUGGACCAAAGUACUCUGUCAAGACGCAGCCUUCAAGAGGGGUCACCGGAUUGAAAACUGGUAGUAAUACUGCCAUCGAAUCAAAUUUGGACGCAGAACCUGUGAACUCUGUGCCUCCUAAAUUAGUAGCAGAUGAUCAUAUUGUUGGUUUUGCAGUUUCUGGACUACCUCCCAGCAUUAUAACCGUUGGUAGUUUAAAAUUACUAACUAGCACAGUACCAGUAAUUAAGACUGAGCCAGGUGUUAAAUCACAGACUGAAACUCUGACCUCAACUGUGCCAUCGUCAUCGAAUUUUGCUCCACUAACUGGAUCGUCAAUGCAACCACAAAAUACACUCACUUCAAGCACAACAACUAAACCUCUAGCAAGCGCACAAAUUCAAACUAAUAGUAGUGCAGUUUCAGAACCAAUUCUGAAUUCUAUGGAAGCUCGCUAUUCCUCCAAACCACAUUCUUCUACAGAAGUUAUUCGGUCGGGAACUGGUAGUGAUGCUAUUGCCGGGCCGAAAACAGACACCGAACCAAUUAAUCCUGCGCCUCCUAAAUUGGUGGCAGAUGCUCAUAUCACUGGUUUCGCAGUUUCCGGAAUAAAAUCCAGCAGUGUAUCCGCAAGUAAUUCAGAGUCACCGAAUGACGCAGUACCAUUAGUGCAAAAUAAUCACGAAACCUUGAUUUCAACCACGCCAUCGUCACUGAGUCCAUUUUCACUGAUUACGUCUCUGGAGCAGCGAAUGAAUGGACCGUUGUCAACGACAACAACUAGUACUGCUACAAUGACGAUGGUUCCAAAUAAUGAGAGCGCAAUUUCAGCCUCAUUUUUUAAGUCUAGUCAGGCUCAGUAUUCCAGUGGAGCGCAGUAUUCUGCUAGAACGCUGUCUUCCAUGGAUGUCAACCGUUUGGAAAGCCAUAGAGGAAGCACUGUUAAUUAA